AUGUCGACAGCGGUCUGGCCUGCUCUCCCUGCCGCGGAGUUGAAAAUCGAGGAGGAUGCUUCCACCGCAUGUGCCCGCGAACUCUCCUGGCUCCUGGAGUCCUUGCAGGAGAAAUUGUGCGAGCUGAAGAGCGGACUGGAGGAAUGCUAUGCGCUGCUGGCGCCUAUCGAGCCGGGCUCUACGCUGGUGAUGAGUAGUGCCCGCACUGAGAAUGUCAAGGGCCAUGUUACGAGGGUUGGGGAUGGGGUCGUGAGGGGGUCUCUCCAACUCCGCCUCAAAACCCUCCCAGCCCUCAGCCUCUCCCUCCUCCCCACCAACCCUCUCCCCUUGCCCACCCUCUCCCACCUCCGUACCCUCCUCAACCAGUCCCUGGACUGCAUCGACAUCACCCGCUGGACCGGCGACCGCCACUCGGCGCAGUUCAUCUCCUCGCAGCUCCGCCUCCUCCACUCCAUCAUCCGCGAAGCGCUCGCCUUGUUAAAACCCGCUGUGCAGGAAGCCCCCGAUCCUAGCUACGGCACGCAGAUUCCCACUUCCGCCUCCACAUCCGCUACAGGCGGUCUAGAAUGGAGCCACUCCCCUACAUCCGCAGAACACUUCUCCCCGGCGCUCCCACCGAACCUAAGUCUGACUCUGAUACCUUCGAGCACAUCGCUACUGCUCACAAUCCGGGUGCUGGAACCAGCGGUAGAAAUGAGCAAAUUGGGGAGUAGGUUCGUGUAUGCGAUUGGGGCUCAGCGACGCCUGGAGCACGAUGAGAUGGAAGGCGUGUACAUGUGGAAGGGCGAGGAGGUUCGGGUGAAGGAGAAGGUCUGCGUGGAGAGUAGUGCGGAUCCGUGCCUGCUUAGUCUGGGCGCCAAACUAGGUGCGCUGGAGAGGGGCGUACUUGCUGCGAGGGGGUGUCUAGGGGGUGUGAUGGGGGAGGUGGUUGAGGACUGA